GUUUCUCUGCGACUUCAUGCGAUGUAAUUCGAAUGGGAUUUUCGCACAUUGUAUGCUGGGAGAUGUAUUCUCUUAAGUAUCGCAUCUCGAACAUGAAAGGACGGCGCCGCCGCGGAGGACUACUUGUCCCAGAAGCCUUCAGCACCGGCACUUUGUCGCAGAGCUUUCGUAAACAUGGCGUCGAAGGCUGGAGAGAAACACGGUGAUGGUAUUGACCAAGGUAUAGUCGAUCCUCGUUGUCAGCAGGAUGGAGAGGACAAAAAACCGGCACCCAUCUCUUUUGGGUUUAGCAAGACGUCAAGCAAGUUUAAAACCAGCUCGAACCUUAACGAAUCUGAGAGAGAAGAGCGGGAUUACUUGACUGGGGUGGAGGAGAAAGAGCUAAAGAGCACCAAGCCCGUGGAGCAGAAAAAGGAGCUGGUUAUUCCCCUCAUCCUUAAGAAUCGCUGGGUCAGGCAGGAGAAGCCCAAAAAGGAGCCACCGGGGAGUAAAGACUGUCCUCCGAGCCAGGAGCUGGACUCCGUAGAAUCCCAAGCCGUCAAAGAACUUGUGGAAGAGUCCCGGAGGCAGCUGGAUCAGUGGACGAAUGGCACCCAGGAGGUCCUUGACCUCACCAUCCCCUUGCUGAUGCAGAAUCAAGUACCCCAGGGGUUCGAGGAUGGGGACAGGGUGAAGGUCGACUUGCGGCCUGAGUCGUCCACAGAUGCCGACUAUGAGAGUGUGCCCGUCGAGGCAUAUGGCCUGGCCAUGUUGAAGGGCAUGGGCUGGAAGGAGGACGAGGGAAUCGGCAGGACCUUCAAACAGGUUGUGAAACCCAUUGAACACCAGCUCCGGCCCAAAGGCUUGGGUUUGGGGGCUGACCGCUCAGCCCUGAAAGACCUGGAGCCCAGUGGCCCCCGACGGCCUCCCAAACCUGGGGAGGAUCGGUCCGAGGAGGAGCUGGUUCUGGCCCCGGGAGCGUCUGUGCUUCUGGAGGCAGGAGCUCACAAAGAUCACUAUGGAAAGGUGGAAGGCAUGGAUCCUGACAACGCCCGAGUUAUGGUGAAGCUGGCCAUCGGCGGGAAGACCGUGACUGUCAGCCAGUAUAACAUCCGGCUGGUCGGGAGAAAGGAAUACGACAGGAAUGCCAAGGACCUCAGUCGCCACAGCAAAGCCCACAUGGAGGCAGAGAAGGAGAAGGAGAGGGAAAGAAAGAAGGAGAAGAAGAGGGAGGAGAGGGCAGAACGAAACGAACAGCAACAAAGGUCCAAAGAGAAGAAAGACAAGCGGAGACAUGCCGAUUCCAGGGAGAAGACCCCCCCAGUGAAGCUGCCGCGUCAGGAGCUGUCCACCCCCACCUGGCUGCAGAGGGACCUCCGUGUACGCUUCAUUGACAAGACCUUCAAAGGGGGGAAGUAUUACAACUCCAAGAUGACAGUGGAAGAUGUGCUCACUCCACGGACCUGUGUAUGCCGCACGGAGGAGGGCAGGCUGCUCGAUGGUGUGAAACAGGAGAUGCUGGAGACAAUGGUGCCCAAGAGUGAAUCAGACUGCAUAAUGGUGGUCCUGGGAGAACAUCGUGGACAGGUGGGCCGGAUCCUACAGAGGGACAAGGAGCGCUGCCGUGCCAUGGUGCAGCUGGACCGACACGAGGAGAAGAUCUACACACUGGACUAUGACUCCAUCUGCCACUACGUGGGAGGGGGCUACGCGUGACUGGGGACGUUGCAGCACCCCGCCACCUCAGUGUCUUUGUUUAUGAAAUCCGCCAUUCUUCGUGGACCCGUCUCGACCACCUGGGCUGUUCUUCCAAGGGUCAUGCAGGCAAAAGGAACAGCAGAGGACCAGGCACGGUAGACCUGGGGGGUGCCAUCAUGACAGAGAAGUGAUUUUUAAGCUGGAACUGAGGAUGGGCUGACUGGCUGCUGAAAAUUGGCUGAAAGUAAGAAACAUCCAGCAGACACAAAGAAGAACAUGGUGCACCUGAAAUGAAAUCUCAUUAUAGCAGGGGCCAGCCUGAGCAGCAGACAGCUCCUGUACAUAUCCUGGGCGAUGGUGUGCAGCUCAACUCCCUGAAUUCCCCAAAUGGGCCUAGCGGACGGCAGCUUUCUAUGUACACAAACUGACAAUUUUUCUACCUUUCUUGUCCUUUAGGUGUGUUUUUAAAGAAAGACCCUGUGGGAUCAUAGUAACGUUGUAUGUGCUCAUUUUCCUUUUUUGCAAUAAAAUGAUGUGAAGACCA